GUUACAAAAGCAACGGCACGGGAAUGUAGUCGGCCAGUUCUGCGUGCAGCAUUGGCUCGGUCAGAUAUUCUUGCCACGGCGGGAAGGCGUCCGUUUUUGCGCUGGUGAAGUGUAGUGAUUGGAUUUGGGAAAGUACAAUUUCGUGACAAUCGGCAAUAAAAACAUUUCAAACAAAGGAAACCGAAAAAGUGUAAAGAGAAGGUACAAAAAUACAAACGCAACAGCAAACGGCAAAAAAAGCAUUGCGAUAAAAAGGUGACCGUCGACGGGGGAAACCGCUGGCAUCAAGCCACUCGCCGUAUCGUGCCACCAUCUGGUGCGUCCUACCGACGGUCGUACCGCACCGAACUACGGAAGGAAGGUCUGGAAUGCUAUUUCUUCGCUAUCAGUUUGGCAGGGUGCAAGCAUCAGCAGACAAGGGCAAGGAAGGAGAAAGUGACGCUGCCAAGGUGAGGCCGGGGGCCAGAAUAUUUACUAUGCAAGGAUAAAGUGAAGUGAGAAAAUUCCGAGUGUUUUAUUUUUGCCCAGCGCCCACACCGGGCGCCCCCAUCUUGCAUCGGUGGUCUACGGUGCGCUGCCGUACAUUAAGCAUCGAACCAUUGGGCAGGAUAUUAUGGCCAGACUGGAGUCGCACAAGACGGGGUUCCAACAUGAUUUCGGUCGCGUGAGCCGGUCGUAAGGCGUUAGUGUGUUCAUUGUUGUGUCGGGUAUUGCAGUUCCGGGAUCGUCCUGCCGGUACGACGAGGACGACAACGACGAGGACGACUGUAAACAUCCCGAACCCCAUGGACCGUAUUGCUUUCCCGGGAAAGCGUAGAUUCACACGGAACUGGGGAGUCGGUUGCAUCAGUGGCUAUCUAAAUGUGUAUACUUUCUAAAGCAAACUAGUCCUCGCUUGGGCCCCGUUGAUGCACUUCCCGUUCCAAAAUAACUGUGGCACUGUGAGAGUAUAGCACACGCACACACACAAACACUGACACAGACACUAGUACGUACGAGACGAAACCAUACGUUGUCAGCUGAAUUCGGUUAGUUCACCUGCUGACCGCCGGCUUGGUGCUGCACUCCAGCUUUACCCCAGAAACCCAUUCGCCUCUGUGUGUGUGUGUGUGUGUUGGUUGGUUGGACAGAGCCGGCUUGUUCUGUCAGAUUCUCCCAUUCAACCCAUCCAACGCGCGUUUGUCUUGGAUCGCAUGAGCACCCGAAACUGGCCAGGAUAAUCACAGCUACAUCUGAUGGUGCACAACUGCACUGAGCUGCAUCGAGCUGCACAUACGGUGGCGUUUGAAGGUGGCGGCAUCGAAACGACAACAACGGGCAGGAUGGGAAGGCCACCGCUGCUGCGAGUACUGAGAAUGGAAUUUCUCCAGCGGUCCACGAUAGCGCUGGUCAUUGUGGCGUGUGUGCUGAAUGCAUCCCACAUCUCUGCUACUGCUCAGGGAGAACAAGAUGACACCGUAGAGGAAACGAAUUCUUAUAUUCUGGACAAAGAUCUGCCCAAAUUUGGAGAGCCCAUUCAAAAUCUUACCGUGCCGGUGGGACGGGAGGCGGUACUGACUUGUGUCAUCAACAAUCUUCAAACAUACAAGGUGGCGUGGCUCCGUGUCGAUACGCAAACAAUACUGACGAUUCAAACACAUGUCAUUACGAAAAAUCACCGCAUGACCAUCGCGCACGUGGAGGGCCGUGCCUGGGUGUUGCGCAUCCGGGACGUAAAAGAAUCGGACAAAGGAUGGUACAUGUGCCAGGUCAACACCGAUCCGAUGCGUAAUCAGAUUGGCUACCUGAACGUUGUCGUUCCGCCAAACAUACUGGACUAUCCCACCAGCACUGAUAUGGUCGUACGCGAGGGCAGCAACGUUACACUGAAAUGUGCCGCUUCCGGUUCACCGACUCCUUCCAUCAUGUGGCGCCGGGAGGGCAAUGAGCCUGUCAGCGCGGGAGCGACCAGCCUGAACAGCUCCACCUUUUCCAUUUCGCGAGUUAAUCGACUGCAUAUGGGGGCAUAUUUGUGCAUCGCAUCGAACGGUAUCCCGCCGUCGGUCAGCAAACGCGUCAUGCUGAUUGUUCACUUCCCACCAAUGAUAUGGAUUCAGGAUCAGCUUGUUGGCGCCGCCCUGGGACAGCGUUUGACACUCGAGUGUCAAUCCGAGGCUUACCCCCGCUCCAUCAAUUACUGGAUGAAGAACGACACCAUCAUAACGCAAGGCAAACACUUCGAACCUUCAAUUAAGGAGAUCAACAACUACAAGGUGGUGAUGAAGCUUACCAUUAAGGACAUAAACAUCGCCGACUUUGGAACUUACAAAUGCGUUGUAAAAAACUCACUCGGUGAAACGGACGGCUCUAUAAAAGUUUAUCACAUUCCAUCGACAACUGCUAUGGCCACCAGUCCUCCGGCGACGACAACGGUUGCAACCACCACCGAGGCAGUGUUCAGGAAGAACUACAAGAACAAAAUUUAUCGCCCACCGUUGGAUGAGUUUUCUGCGUCAUCCAACAAAAUCAUCGAAUCGGGGGACAGUUCCGAAGCGUGGAACAUCGAUGGAACGAUCGAGAAAGAUCGUGAUCAUCGGUACAGGGAUAAGGGAGGAUCCAGCUUCAGUGAGGAUCAACGGGAAAAGGAAGCGUUCGUUGAUACUGAGGGAAAUUCGCACGGCCCUCAGCAUGCUGUGCCAUCUAGGGGAGCUCUGCUGAUCUGUGCAUUGUACACACUGUUCGCCGGCACGAUCAGAAGUUGCAGGUGAUUCUAGCGCUAGAUCGACCCGCUACGAGCUGCAUUCGGAGUACUUAACAAUUAUGCACAAAAGAAACAUUACUGAAUUAUAGAUAAAUUAUGAGACUUAAGCGACGUAGGAAUCUGGCCAAACAAAGCAAAAACCCAGUUAGAAAAACCGAUCGAUUAUGCGCUGCGUGUUGGCAAUGAUGCCGCUGUAAAUGUAAAGUUCGCGCAGCAAGAAAAAAGCGUAACCAAAUAUAAACCAAAACUGGACGAUUCAAAAUCGAGCAUCCCGCUUUGAGAAACCAUGUUAAAAGCUGACAAUGUAAUAAAGGUUUUUUUAUAAUAAAACUGACAAAACGAAGAUACUCACUGUGACUGUGA